CACACUCACUCACUCACACACACAGACACACACACAGACACACACACACACACACACACCCACCCACACAUAUAAAGCCACUGCUACCAACAGACACUAGUUGCUCUUACAACGAGGCAGCUUGCAGGACAGAGAAGAGGCAAUGAGCGGCAGGGUGUGGUUUCAAAUGCUGGGGCUAGUGGCCUGGCUGUGCUUGCUCAGUCUGGGGCCUGUUCAGGGGGGGAAGGUGCUGGUAAUGCCUGCAGAUGGGAGCCACUGGCUCAGCUUGAAGAUACUGGUGAAGGGGCUCAUCCACAGGGGCCAUGACGUCGUGGUGCUGGUGCCCGAAAGCAGCCUGUUCAUGCACCAAUCAGAGGACUACGAGACUGAGGUUUACCCAGUGUCAUUCACCACGGAGGAAAUGGAUGCAACCCACAAGCAGCUGAAGGAUGGACUUUUCCUCAAACAACCAGAUUGGACAGAAUAUUAUGUCAAUAUAAUGCGUUUUGUCAACUUUACCUCGAUUCAUUUGAGAGGUUGUGAGAAUUUGCUACAGAACCAGCCUCUAAUGAGUCGAAUGAGGGGCAUGGGCUUCGAUAUCGUGCUUACAGACCCCUUCUUUCCAUGCGGCGCCCUUGUGGGAAAUAUCUUUUCCAUUCCAGUUGUCAAUUUCCUGCGCGGUCUUCCGUGUGGGCUCGAUAUGAAGGUGAACAAGUGCCCCAGUCCUCCUUCAUACAUUCCUGUGCCGUACUCGGGUAAUACAAACAUCAUGACCUUCCCGCAGAGAGUGAUAAACAUGGCCAUGACUGUUGUGGAGUCCUACCAGUGCAGCUUACUCUAUGGCCACUACGAUGAGAUGGUCAGCAAGUACGUGGGAAACAACAUGGACUACAGGACUCUUCUCAGUCAUGGGGCUCUCUGGCUCAUCAGAAAUGAAUUUACUUUGGAUUGGGCCAGACCUCUCCUGCCGAACAUGGUCUUAAUCGGAGGCAUCAACUGUGCAGAGAAGAAGAAGAACGCUUCCCUGCCAGCGGACUUGGAGGAGUUUGUCCAAGGCUCAGGAGACGAUGGAUUUAUUAUUUUCACCCUGGGCUCAAUGCUGCCCGAUAUGCCCCAGGAAAAGGCUCAACACUUCCUAGAUGCUUUUCGGCAAAUUCCUCAAAGGGUCGUGUGGAGAUAUGCCGGAGACCCACCCAAGGGUUUACCCAAAAACGUCAGACUGAUGAAGUGGCUACCUCAGAAAGAACUCCUUGCUCAUCCCAAGGCUAGACUCUUCCUCACCCAUGGGGGGAGCCACAGUGUGUAUGAGGGGAUCUGUAACGCUGUGCCCAUGCUGAUGUUCCCGCUGUUUGCCGAGCAGGGAGACAACGGGCUUCGCAUGGUGACACGCGGUGCCGCAGAGACGCUCAAUAUCUAUGACGUGACCAGUGACAACCUAUUGGCUGCGUUAAAUAAAAUCCUCAAAAAUAAAAGUUACAAAGAGAAGAUAACGGAGAUGUCUCAGAUACACCAUGACCGCCCCGUCGCGCCUCUGGACCUGGCUAUCUUCUGGACCGAGUUCGUCAUUAGACACAAAGGAGCGUCGCACCUGAGAGUGGCUGCACAUGAACUGAACUGGAUCCAGUACCACAGCCUGGACGUCUUUGGCUUCAUUCUCCUGAUCCUCCUGACUGUUCUGUGGGUGACACUGAAAUGCUGUCUGUUCUGCACCCGCAGGUGCUGCAGGAGAGGGACGGCAAAGACCAAAUCAGAGUAGUUUAUUUGGUUUAAAAAUGAAUCUGUGAUGAAGUGAAUGAGGUUUCACACUGAUGGACAACAUGAGUGUUUUUCUGAUGUGUGUGUUUGUAAAAAUCUCAACCAAAGUGCCGGGACCACAUGGUCUUGUAACAUGAUGCUGAUUGAUUGACUGAAGCCGACUCGACUAUAAGCUACAGACGCCUCCUGACACUGUUUACUCUCAGGUUGUUAGGCUCCGUAUUGUUGUGUACAGACUAACAUACCACCUCCAACCCACUGUGUCAAAGCAGACAUCCAUCUCCUCCGCGUGGUCUACUGAUUCUUUUUUAGCACCAAGCCUAACAUCCCCUGUACCUGUGAAUACCAGCUCCACCAGUGUGCUGUAUACUGUUCUGUCUGACUGUGUGGGAGGAACAACUAACAUCCAUCAGGGUGCAAUAACACAACAGUUACAAACUCUAACCUUUCACCUCACAUCGCUAGAAUAAGGGCUGACGAUAACGAAUGAAACAUCUUCCACUUCACAAUAAAAGUUGAAUGGGCUGAUAA